AUGACCUAUGUAACAGUUGCAGGUUUCCCGUAUCCAGAAAGCGUAGCGCUUGCAUCACUGCUCGAAACCGUUGUCCGUGCAAAUGGCGCCGUGCCUGCUACGAUUGGCAUCUUGAACGGCGUGGCUCGCGUCGGCCUACUUCCCAAUGAGCUUAUCGAGCUGGCAUCGAGAGCGGAGAAGAAAGACGCGCUGAAAGUGUCUCGUCGGGAUCUUGGCUAUAUAUGCGGUCUGGGCAUGACCGGUAAACCGUUUCACGGCGGUACAACAGUGUCUGGUACAAUGGUUCUUGCGCAUCUGGCGGGAAUUAGGGUCUUUGGUACAGGCGGUCUUGGUGGUGUACAUCGUGGUGCAGAGUCGUCUAUGGAUAUCUCCGCUGAUUUGACUGAACUUGGUCGGACUCCCGUGGCCGUAAUUAGCUCAGGCUGCAAAAGCUUCCUAGACAUCCCACGGACCCUUGAAUACCUUGAGACGGAGGGCGUCUGCGUCGCGACUUUUGCAGACGGUCGUCAGGGCCCCGUUGAUAUUCCGGCGUUCUUCAGCCGGGACAGCGGCAUCAAAAGCCCCAAAAUCAUUGAGAAUGAGGCAGAGGCGGCCGCUAUUAUCUAUGCGCAGUCGAAGUUGCCUGUCUCGUCAGGAAUGUUGUUCGCUAACCCAGUUCCGGUGGAGCAUUCAAUCCCUCAGGCGGAGAUAGACGCCGCCAUCAACAAAGCGGUUCAUCUAGCGGAAGUUGAGGGCUAUCAUGGCAGUGACAACACACCGUUCAUCUUGGCAAAGAUUAAGGAGCUCAGCGGUGGGAAGACAGUGGCUGCAAACCGGGCCCUUGUUGAAGCAAACGUCAAACGUGCAGCGCGGGUCGCAGUGGAACUUUCAAAAUUGGAACAGUCCAUGAUCCCUAGCGAACAGCAUAUGCCAGCCAUUCUCCCGAUCGGUAGGGCUGACCAGGCUACUUCAGAAAUUAAAUCGGAACCGCCUAUUAGAGCUGAACCAGUAGAAAAGACGGAAAUUCUAGUUGCGGGAUCACUCGCGAUAGAUCUCGCUUGCGAUUACGUUCCUGCAGCCGGUCAAACAACUCCCGUCUCACGGACAUCUAAUCCUGCCGUCAUCAAGCAGAGCCUUGGUGGAGUGGGCCACAAUGUCGCCCUUGCUUCAUCGUCUUUAGGCAGUUCCGUGAUGUUCUGCAGCGUGGUUGGCGAUGACUUGAGCGGUCACGCAGCCCUCACAUUUCUGCAGCAAGAAAACCUUCCCACGAGUGGCGUAAAAGUGCUACCUGCGUCGUCUGGAGCGCGCACAGCACAAUACGUUGCAGUGAACGAUGCGACAAGGGAUCUUCAUGUGGCUAUGGCCGAUAUGGGAAUUUUGCAACUUCCUGCGGAGACAUUGGACUUUGACAGUUUUUGGGAGCCAGUCGUUUCCCGCGCGAAGCCCCAGUGGGUGAUGGUUGAUGCCAACUGGAGCCCUGAGUUGCUUUCCAAGUGGGUAGCAGCGGCAAACAAGCACGGUGCUCGAGUUGCCUUUGAGCCUGUCUCGACCGCCAAGUCUCAAUUCCUCUUCAAGAAAGGCCCUGAGAGGGAGGCCGCUGUUGGAGAAUCUGCAUGCGUUCCGAACAAUACUGUGAGCCUUGCGACGCCGAAUGAAUUUGAACUCGCAGCCAUGUACACCGCCGCGCGGGAAAAUGGCCUUUUCGAAACCGCCGGUUGGUGGCGCGUUAUCGAUGCAAUGGGUAUGACGUCGUCAGGCUCAAGAGAACGGCUCGUCGCGAUGACAUCUGCCGCUCUUGUGGACGAAGGCAUACCACAGCAGAGCAUCCAGCUUCUUCCAUUUCUUCCAUGCAUAAUCACCAAAUUGGGCGCCAGAGGAGCGCUGCUUACCCAGUUGCUGAAGCCGGGAGAUUCCCGCCUUACUGAUCCGGAAUAUAGUCCCUACAUUCUCUCCCGCACUGUGUCUACGGGCGAUCUGAUCGGAGGGGUGUACAUGCGGUUGUUUCCACCCGCUGCGAAACUAACAGACGACGCCAUCAUCAGCGUCAAUGGAGCAGGUGACACUUUACUUGGGGUUAUUAUUUCUGGGCUUGCCUCCGGACAUGGAAGGGUUGAGGAUAACGCUACUUGCAGCUUCUUCGCCUACAACAGGCAUUCGCUCGAUGGUGUCCUUUCCUUCGCGGUUUGGCCCGAUUGCUUUGAAACUGGUUGGGAUAAGGGUUGGGUCUAA